CAUUGCCAUGGUCGUGCUUGGAUCGUGGAUGUGGUGCGAAUUUUGCUUUUUGUUUGUUUUGUUAUUUGAUUAUUAUUCAAUUUAGUAGCAUAUCAUUUAGCUAAAACAUAUUUCUGUGAUUAAAUGAAUUUAAUAAUAUGGAGGUGUUAGUGUUUAAACCGUGUGUAGCCUUGUUUCUUCUUAUUACGUUACUUCAAAUAGAUCACCAGUUUCAUCUCACUACUGACAUAAAAUUAAGGACACGGGACUGGGCAAUAUUCUCUGUCUCUGGGCUUCUUCGAUGAGUGGAAUAAUAAGACUAACAUCAUGGCCAAGGCCAAGCAUAUAGUGUGUGCCAUGUCCGGAGGUGUGGAUAGCAGUGUUGCAGCAUGGAUUUUGAAAAGCAAAGAGUGACAGGCCUAUUCAUGCGUAACUGGGAUGUGCUGGAUGAGACUGGGGUGUGUACAGCGGACAGAGAUUGCGAGGAUGCCCAGAAUGCAUGUGAGAUUCUUAAAAUCCCCUUCCAUCAAGUCAACUUUGUUCAGGAAUACUGGCAUGAUGUGUUCAGCAAAUUUCUUAGGCAAUACCAACAAGGCUUCACACCGAAUCCAGAUAUUUUGUGCAAUAAAUACAUCAAGUUUGACAAAUUCCUGGACCAUGCAAUGACAAAGUUUGAUGCAGAUGGAUUAGCUACAGGACAUUAUGCUCAGACAAGUAUAGGAGAACAGUUUCUUUAUGACAAGGAUUCUGCUUCUAAAGGAGUGAAACUUUUGAAAGCAGCUGAUAGCUGGAAAGACCAGACAUUCUUCCUCUCACAAAUCACCCAGAAUGCAUUAGGGAAGACGCUCUUCCCAGUGGGUCAUCUGACCAAGGACGUAGUGAAGCGUAUCGCUCAUGAGGUUGGACUAAAGAGGGCUGCACAAAGGAAAGAGAGUAUGGGAAUAUGUUUUAUCGGAAGAAGACAUUUUCCAACUUUUAUCAAGGAGUAUCUUGAGCCCAAACAAGGAUCUUUCAUUUCUGUAGAGGAUAAUAAAACAGUAGGUGAACAUCAAGGUCAUUUCUUAUUCACUCUUGGUCAAGGAGCCAACAUCGGUGGAAUGAAGGAAAGGUGGUUUGUGGUGGACAAGGAUGCUGAGAAUAAUACCGUCUUUGUGGCACCUACUACCCAUCACCCAGCCCUGUUCCAUGAAACCUUGAUGACUGGACCAGUCCACUGGAUCCAUCAGCCACCUAGACAACUCCUGGAGGAUCAGAUGAUGGAUUGUUAUUUCAGAUUCCAACAUGUUCAUGGUCUCACAAAAUGUACCUUGACCUCGAGUUCCAUGGGCUCUGUUAUUGUUUCUCUCAGUAAACCAAUGAGGGCGCUAACACCAGGCCAGUAUGCUGUGUUUUACCUGGGCGAUGAAUGCCUAGGCAGUGCCGUCAUCAUGAAACGAGGUCCGUCGCUCUACGAGAUGAACUGGAAGAAAUACCAGAGUGGAGAAUGGAAAACAGAAUGGCUCAGCAGUUGAUGACAUGAUCAAACUAGGAAUGUCACACUCAUAGAUGAACUGGAUGAAAUACCAGAGUGGAGAGUGGAAGACGGGAUGAUUUGGAAGAUGUGGAUAUCAUGAAACAAAGAUCAUCUCCUAACAAGAUGACUUACAUAGGAGAAAUACUAAAGUAGACAGUUGAAAACAGAAAGGCUCGAGACUUGAUGACAUCAUGAAUGAGGAUCAUCACUCUACAAGAUGAACUGGAAGAAACAGCAGAGUGGAGAAUGAAAGUCAGAGUGUUUGGAAUGAUGACAUCAUGAAAGAGAGAACUUCUCUCUAUGAGAUUAACUGUAAGAAAUACCAGCGGAGAAUGGGAGACAGAAUUGAUAGGAAUUUCAUUUAGUACAUGUACAUGUAUCUAUGUAUUACAUGAUACUCUGCAUUUCACAGUGCUUUAUAAGGUCCUGUAAAAUUUGAUUGUACAUGUACGUGUAUUUAUAAACUAACUUCUAUCCAAACGAUGUGAGAGGUCUUGAACAAAAUCCAAAACUGUCUUCACUAUAAAGAGUUUAUUUAUGCAAAA